AUGAGUAAGUUAUUCCCGCACGGCUUUCCCCGCAAAGGCGAAAUUUAUCAAAUCAAUUUUAGCCCCAGUAAAGGUAAAGAAAUCAAAGAAGUUCAUCCGGGCUUAGUAGUCAGCAACAAUAUUCAAAACGAGCAUGGUCAUUAUGUGAUUGUGGCUCCCAUUACUUCCACUUUAAAAAGAGAAAGAUUAUUUGAAAAAGUUAUUAUUCCUAGUAAGGAAAAUGGUCAACUAAUCCUGGAUAAUACCCCUGAAUUCUUAGAUUACUGCACCAAAUCUAAUGGUUUAGUCUUUUUUGGCUCGAUUGGUUCCGGUAAGACCGCUAUUUUAGCCAUGUUGGCUCAUGAAUUACCUGGGGAAAACAAAUAUGCUACUUUUCCUUGCAAUCUACCGCAAUAUUGUGCAAGAUGUCCGGGAAAGACAAAGAUUUUUGAUGCAUUUUAUUGCGCUCAGUCGUCAUCAAGGAACCAGAUUGUUUGUCAAUGCUCAGAGGUUGGGACAGAAAGAUCUACAACAAUUGAAGAUUAUUCGCAAAGAGAAAGAAAUGUGAGUGAUUCAAAUGCUUCGGUAAAAGUAGCGGUAACAACAAACUCAAAAAUUUUUCGCGUAAAAGGUAAUCCAGAAGAGGAAGAUUAUGGUGAACAUUCAGGAAACUACCAUGAAGUAAUCCCAAAUUUAAGUAUUCAGAAAAGAAAAGUUGAAUUACCAAAAAGAGUUUAUAACGUUGAUAAUUCUCAAGAAAAAUCUGAGGAAGUAAGAAAAAUGGGUCAAUAUUAUGGUAAUGCUACUGUAACUUUGAUAGCUGUACAUAAAAGUAUUGGUAUUUAUGGAGAUUAUUCUUCUGUUAGGAAUUUUGAUCAACUACGAGAUCAAGAAAAAGAAGAUCUCAGAGGUGCCCUAAAAGAUGCCUUGAAAGUUGCUAAAAAAAAUGAGUCGAAAAGAAGUUCGUGUUAUAAACACUAUGAUGAUAUAGGAUUAAUGGAAGCUAAA